CCGCCACAGUCGCAGCCGCUGCAGCCUCGGCCGCCGGGCAAGUAGCUCCGAGCCGCGGCUUCCUGGGCGCCACGACGCGGACCGCGGCGCCGCGCUCUGCUCGCCCCGCGCCCGAGCCAUGCGCGGCAGCCGUGCGUAAUCGCCGCGCCGCCACCGACCUGCCCCUAGCGCGCGGUCCCUGACCCGAGAGGAGCUUCCCGGACACGCAGCUCACUCGGGCUCCGUCGGCCCCUCUCAACCAUGCCCCGGGCGACUGCUCUCGGGGUCCCGGUGCCACUGUUGCCGCCUCUCCUCCUGCUGCUGCUAGCGCCGCUACCCCGCGGCGCCGGGGGGCUCGCGGAGCUCUCGGACGCCGCCCCGGACUAUUCGGCGCUGGAAGGCGAGGAGGGCGCGGAGCAGCAGCUGGAGCAUUACCACGACCCUUGCAAAGCCGCUGUCUUUUGGGGAGACAUUGCCUUAGAUGAAGAGGACCUGAAGUUAUUUCACAUCGACAAAGCCAGAGACUGGAUCAAGCAGUCGGGAGAGGAAGGGGGACAUAGCACAGGUGGACUGGAGGAGCAGCCAUCUGAGGGCUGGGAGAAUGCAACAGCCGCCAACACCAGCCAUGAGGAAGCUAGCAAGGAUGGCGAGGACAAUGCCGUGCUCCUGCACAGGCCCCGCACCUCGGAUGCCCGAGCUGAGACCUUUUCUCCACGCGUCCGAAGAGCCACAACCUCGAGGACAGAGAGAAUAUGGCCUGGAGGGGUCAUCCCCUACGUCAUCGGUGGGAACUUCACUGGAAGCCAGAGGGCCAUUUUCAAGCAGGCCAUGAGACACUGGGAGAAGCACACCUGUGUGACCUUCGUAGAAAGGACUGACGAGGAGAGCUUCAUUGUGUUCAGUUACAGAACCUGUGGCUGUUGUUCCUAUGUUGGGCGCCGAGGAGGAGGCCCACAGGCCAUAUCCAUUGGGAAAAACUGUGACAAGUUUGGCAUUGUGGCCCACGAGUUGGGCCAUGUGGUUGGGUUCUGGCAUGAACACACCCGGCCAGAUAGAGACCAGCAUGUCACCAUCAUCAGAGAAAACAUCCAACCAGGUCAGGAGUAUAAUUUCUUAAAAAUGGAAGCUGGGGAAGUGAGCUCUCUGGGAGAGACCUACGACUUUGACAGCAUCAUGCACUACGCCCGGAACACCUUCUCAAGAGGAGUUUUCUUAGACACCAUCCUCCCCCGCCGAGACGACAAUGGCAUCAGGCCGACCAUUGGCCAGCGCGUGCGGCUCAGUCAGGGAGACAUAGCUCAAGCCAGGAAGCUGUACAAAUGCCCAGCAUGUGGAGAGACCCUGCAGGACACAACAGGAAACUUUUCUGCACCUGGUUUCCCAAAUGGCUACCCUUCUUACUCCCACUGCGUCUGGAGGAUAUCGGUCACGCCAGGGGAAAAGAUUGUCCUGAACUUCACAUCCAUGGAUUUGUUUAAAAGCCGCCUGUGCUGGUAUGACUAUGUAGAGGUCCGGGAUGGUUACUGGAGAAAAGCCCCCCUGUUGGGUAGGUUUUGUGGCAAUAAAGUCCCAGAGUCCCUCACCUCCACGGACAGCCGGCUCUGGGUGGAGUUCCGGAGCAGCAGCAGCAUCUUGGGCAAGGGUUUCUUCGCGGUGUACGAAGCUACGUGUGGGGGAGACAUUAACAAAGACGCUGGUCAGAUUCAAUCUCCCAACUACCCCGAUGACUACAGACCUUCCAAGGAAUGUGUUUGGAGGAUUACGGUUUCAGAAGGGUUUCACGUGGGACUUACCUUCCAAGCUUUUGAGAUCGAAAGGCAUGACAGCUGCGCCUACGACUACCUGGAGAUCCGCGACGGCCCCACGGAGGAGAGCGCUCUGAUUGGCCAUUUUUGUGGCUAUGAGAAGCCGGAAGAUGUGAGAUCGAGCUCCCACAGAAUGUGGAUGAAGUUUGUGUCCGACGGCUCUAUCAAUAAAGCGGGCUUUGCAGCCAAUUUUUUCAAGGAAGUGGACGAGUGUUCCUGGCCAGAUCACGGCGGGUGUGAGCAGGGCUGUGUGAACACUCUGGGCAGCUACAAGUGCUCCUGUGAUCCUGGCUACGAGCUGGCUGCCGACAAGAAGACCUGUGAAGUGGCCUGUGGUGGUUUUAUUACCAAGCUGAACGGGACCAUCACCAGCCCGGGGUGGCCGAAGGAGUACCCCACCAACAAGAACUGCGUCUGGCAGGUGGUGGCCCCUGCCCAGUACAGGAUCUCCCUUCAGUUUGAAGUGUUUGAGCUGGAAGGCAAUGACGUCUGCAAGUAUGACUUUGUGGAGGUCCGCAGCGGCCUGUCCCCUGAUGCCAGGCUGCACGGCAAGUUCUGUGGCUCUGAGAUGCCGGAGGUCAUCACCUCCCAGAGCAACAACAUGCGUGUGGAGUUCAAGUCAGACAACACAGUCUCCAAGCGCGGCUUCAGAGCCCACUUCUUCUCAGACAAGGACGAGUGUGCCAAGGACAACGGCGGGUGCCAGCACGAGUGUGUCAACACGUCUGGGAGCUACCUGUGCCGCUGCAGGAAUGGGUACCGGCUCCAUGAGAACGGGCACGACUGCAAGGAAGCUGGCUGUGCCCACAGGAUCAGCAGUGCGGAGGGGACCCUGGCAAGCCCCAACUGGCCCGACAAGUACCCCAGCCGGAGGGAGUGUACCUGGAACAUCUCUUCCACCGCGGGCCACCGUGUGAAACUUACAUUUAACGAGUUUGAGAUCGAGCAGCACCAAGAAUGUGCUUAUGACCACCUGGAGCUGUACGACGGGCCUGACAGCCGGGCCCCCGUCCUUGGCCGCUUCUGCGGCAGCAAGAAACCGGACCCUGUGGUGGCUUCAGGCAGCAGCCUGUUUCUCAGGUUCUAUUCAGAUGCGUCUGUGCAGAGGAAAGGCUUCCAGGCGACUCACAGCACAGAGUGCGGGGGCAGGCUGAAGGCCGAAGUGCAGACCAAAGAGCUGUAUUCCCACGCCCAGUUUGGGGACAACAACUACCCGAGCCAUGCCCGCUGCGACUGGGUGAUCGUGGCGGAGGACGGCUAUGGCGUCGAGCUGAUCUUCCAGACCUUUGAGGUGGAGGAGGAGGCCGACUGUGGGUACGACUACAUGGAGGCCUAUGACGGCUACGACAGCACCGCGCCCAGGCUCGGCCGCUUCUGCGGCUCUGGGCCACUGGAAGAGAUCUACUCUGCAGGAGAUUCUCUGAUGAUUCAGUUCCACACAGAUGACACCAUCAACAAGAAAGGCUUUCAUGCCCGAUACACUAGCACCAAGUUCCAGGAUGCCCUGCACAUGAAGAAAUGACGUCAAUGUUCAUGAAAGACGGGAACUGAGAAUGUGUUUUAUGACAAUAGCACCUUGUGAAUCUGCCCUAAACCAAUGUAGAGUUGUGUUUUUGUUUUUGUUUUUGUUUCUUGUUUUCUUCUCAAACAAGAACUCAAAAUCUAGUCUUGGAAGUAUGUAUCUGGUAAGGUUCAGCCAAGAAGAAGGAGGGAAGAUGUUUCUUUGGGGUUAUAAUGUUAUCAAUCAUGGACUUUGAGAGAAGAUUAAGGUUUUGAAAUCACCUGCCACUCAAGCUAUGCCUGGUCAUACUCAUUCUCCUGUCCCUUUCUCCUGUGGGGCAAGAUGCCUGCCCUUGCGUUGGUCACGCCUCUAUUUCUGGACAUGCUUUGCCAGGUGCCAGGCAAUGUGACUGUGUCCUGGAGACUCAGGCUGUCUUCUGUCCACACUGAGCAGUGAGGAUAAAUGCUGGGCCAUGGCUGAUUUGUGACUCACAGCUUUGGCUGGAGACUUUCACUUUCUGUCUGCCAGGGACAUGUCAACCAGGAAACCUGAGAAUACGGAUCUCAGGCCUGGAAAAGAACUUGAGGGAGGCAGUGCGCAGAGGGAGCUGGAGUGUGAUCGUCACUUUCACCACACUGGUAGACCUCAAGCCUUCCCUCUGGGUCAUUGGCUCUCCUUGCCAUUUCGGGCUUCCUCCUUGGGAGGCUAAAGCAGCCACUGUGAACUCUAACAACAUAUCUGCUGGUGAGACUCCCCAGUGUGCUGAGAAGAAAACAUCCUGGCUUCUCCUGACACCCCUCCUGGCUGACUUCAGAAGACCGCCACCUCUGCUUGGGAUUCCAUGGACUUGGAAGACCAUUUCCUCCUCCAGCGUUGGAGACACUUGCUGUGGUUGACCUUGACUUCUAGACAACUGAUUCAAACUGCAUUUGCAAGAUGUGCAAAGACAGCCCAUGAGGGACGAGUUCAGGUCCCCGUGGGGCGAACACUGUUGAAAACGGAAUUGUAAGUCAUGUAGGACUCAUGCAUCAUCUGUGGGAACAGUCAACCUGAGACUAACUUCCUGUCACCAGUCAGGCUGCGGACUGCGUUGGUAACUUCGCUCAGGCCAACUGGUACUCGACCCCCAGCUUGCAAUCAGAAUUCACCACACUUGGCACUUGUUCUAGAGGAAGUGUAGAGCAUGUUGUUUACAUAAUUUUAGAACCUCCACAUGUACUUUUAAACAGUGAGGUAGUUUUGAAUGGCAUUUCAUUAAGGCAUCUAUGGGCAUUAUGAGCUAAAAGCUGUGGUAUGUUAGCUUUAAAAGAGUAUUUAUGUUGGAAUAAUUUUUAAAUAAUGUUUACAUAACUCUAAGUCCUGUGGGGUUGGUAUUGAGCACAGGACAGCACACGAGAGUGUUUCCCGUGUGAGAUCUGAGAUAGCUCCCAAGCACCAGAAUUCCUCUGGGAUGAUACGACGUCAUUGUAAACAAAGUAUUUGUGAAAGCUUAAAAGUUAUAUUUUUUGAAGAUCAGAAUGUGCCCUCAGAGGACUCUGUCUAAUUAAAAUGAUGGCUGGGAGUAAAACAAAGGAUAAUAGAAAGGUAGAAGAAAUGCAUGGAAAUAUUUUUUUCCUUAAAACAGAGAAAAAUUCAAAGUAUUAUUAUUAAUAAUAAUAUAUGUGUGUAUAUAUGUAUGUAUGUAAAGUACCAGCUGUCAGAGCCUUAAUCGACGCAGUGUGACCAGUGCCGACCCGCUGACCGUAGCUUCACCGUGCGGGCCCUCCUGGAGCAGCCCUGCGUUUUAUGCAUUGCGUUCCCCAGUCCCUCUCUGGGCCCUGGAUGGAGAUUCAGUCCGUGUUCUCACAUCCAGACACCUCCCAGGCCCUGCCCCAGGGGCACUCGGGCUCAGCCGCGGGAGCCCCUUGCCUUGUGGUCCAACCUGCCCUCUAAGGUGGAUCCCAGCUCUCAGAGUAUUGUAUUUUCUGAGGUUUUACUUUGUCUCAUCAUAUCUGCCCACAUUGAAGCUGAAACCAGAAUACAUAAGGUGGCUACGAGAGGUCUUGCUCCAGCGACAGAAGAAUCCUGUCGUUCCAACAUUUUAGACAUCUGAAUAAAAUCAACAAAUUCUAUGGAAAAGUGGGACAGAGUCAGAAACGGAGUUGGCUCUGCCUCAAGGUUGGCCACUCUCGUGAAACAAUGGUACUUAUUUUUAUCUCUGUAGUAGGGAUAUUUUCAAAAACACCGAACUUGGCCAGCUUGAAACAAUGGGACGCUUAUGAAAACCUUUAGUGAGGCCUUCUGCGAGUGACAUCAGACAAGACAAGCCCUGAUUCAGCCUGGGCCAGCCAGCCCGCUCCCCGGGAAGCUCACUCGGGGACUGAUGCCCUGGCUUGGGAACAGAAGGUCCCCUCGGCAGGAAAACCCAGGCCCCCUGCUGAAGGUCCUCUCAGGGGACCUUGUACCAACCCGCUUUGUCCUGUAAUUGGGUGCUAGGCCUUGGGGAUGUCACGUUCACAGAAUUACCUUGGUGACCUGAUGAAAUACUUGGAGUCCAGGUCAUCGGCCUGGUCCAGUUCUGGUGUGAUCUGGUCUGGCAGAAGCUAGAGCCUGAAUCCCAGGGCAGGGUGAGGGUCUGGAACUAACGUUAGCUUGUGGGGUUUCUCCAAACGGACAUGAGGAGCCUGAGCAUUGAUUCACUCUGAAACCAUUUUCCUUAAGUUUUGUCUUACUCAUGAAACCCUCAGCCUGUAUAAACUGUUUGUAAAACCUUAGUAACUAGAGAAUUCUCGCUGGGAUUUGCCACUGAUCUGGUCCAAUCGAAGAGUCUCAAAUAACUUGCCGUAUUGUUGUUCAGUUUUUGAACAAAUGUUCCCUUGGCUUCAGCUUCCUUGUUUUUCAAGUUUCCUUGGUAGACCGGACUUCUGAAAAAUAAUCUCAAAUGCCUAAAAGGUUUCUUUUUAAAAAAGAAAAACUGUUUAGAGUGCUAUCUAUAAAUAUGUUGUACUUUUUAUUUUGUUUAAUUUUGCAUUUCAUGAAAUGUUAGUUUCAAAGAGAAAGUGGAGAGGAGCUAACAUAU